UCCUUGGUCUCUCCUGCCCUUCCCUUUCUUCAUGGUCCUUACCUUUCCCUCACCAUGGCUGGUGUUCCACUUGUUCAACAUCGCAUCGGCAUACUCGCUCCCCCGUCUGUAUCCUCGCCGCCUCCUCUCAGCAGCUGUGCACCAUCGCUUUCAUCUUUCCAUUCGACAUCGAAUAAACACUAAGCAAUGCCGCGUCGAUUUCUAUAGAUUCCGCUUCGCACUCGCCGCCGCGCGGUCUCUCUCGGCCGUUCGUUGUGCUGGCGGCAGCUGGCGCGGCAGCGGUUGGAUUGCAGCUGCACGAGUUGCCACACAGCUUCGCGGCGCCCCCAAAUCUGUUCUUCCCCACGCGCCGCGAUGCCGCAGUCACUGACGCAUUCGUCGCUGGGCGCGCGGCGGCCCGGCGUGGGGAUGGCGGUGCUGGGGGCGGCGUGGGUGGCGGGGUGGGUGGGGAUGUGCGCGUGGGUGGUGUGGUUCGCGCACCGGCAGGCGGCCGGCCCGCGACAAGAGGCGAUCCAAGUGUGGUGUCGCGCGCGCGUGCGAUACCUCCACCAGGACAUGCGAUCCGCCGUCGCGAGCGCCGAGGCGGCCACAGGGCUGAUGAAGGUGUUUGCCAGGUUCGGUCCGCGCAGCAACAGCAGCCUGCAGUACUGGGGCCUGGGGGGGUGCGUCAACAACGCGUCGCUGCUGAAGUACGCGGGGCAGGCGAACCUAAUCGCCAACUACAGCAGCAGCUGCCUCAGCCUGCUGCUCACGGACAGCGACAGGGUGACGGUGGAGGCGAUCACAGGGUACGAGGUGCGCUCCGUGCUGGGGCUGCGCGCGCCCAGGAGGGACCUGUACCUAGUCAACCUGUGUGGCGACGCGGGGCAGGGCUACUUCCUGCCGCCGUUCACCGACUUCACUCCCCUCGUGCCGCCUGACGUCCUCACUAACCUGCUCGCAGGGAAGGCUACUGCUGGCCCUCCGGUUAUCAUCGACACUGGAUACGUUGCAAGUGUGUUUGGCAUCCCCAUCUUGCGCCACCCGCUGCCGCCCAACGCAUCGCCGCAGCAGAUGAGGGAGAGCAUCAGCACGGGAUGGGCGUCUGUGGUUCACCUCGAGUGGCGGGCCCACGACAUACUCAACAUGCUGGACAGCGGCGUUGCUUUGUAUUCCUUUGCGAUGUACGACGACACGCAGCCGGGCGAGCUGGUGCAGAUCCUGGGCCCGCAACGCCUGCACCUGGAGAGCGGGCCUCUCGUGCAGCUUGUGCUGCCCGAGCGCACCGUGCCACCCGCCGACCAUGUGGAGCCCUUUCCCGAGGGGCUCUUUGGCCACACCUACGAGGCGCACUGCAGCUUCCAGGGUGCCUACCCCAGGUGGGAGCUGGUGUAUGCGCCGAUGCUGCUGGGGCUGCUGGUGCUGCUGGUGGCGCUGCUGCUGUCAACGCUGAUCGCCGUGCUGGCGUGGAAGAGGAGGCAGCUGGCAGAGGGCGUGCGCGAGAUGGCGCUCUGCACGGCGGCGCUGGAGCGAGCCGAGCGCAAAAAGAGUGAGACGGUGGCCAACCUCUCACACGAGCUGCGCACGCCCAUCAUCGGCAUGAUAGGGAUGAUCGACGUGGUGCUGGGGUCAGCGUUGGAGGAGUGGCAGCGGGCAGACCUAAGGGAUGCGAGUGCGUGUGCGGGCGAGACGGUGCACCUCAUCAACCGCGUGCUCGACCUCGCCAAGCUGCAGGCCGGCCGCCUGCAGCUUGAGGCGCUGCCGUGCUGCCUGCCGCGCAUUGCUCAAGAUGCCAUAGCAUUGGCCGCACAGGAUGCAUGUGCAAAGGGGCUAAAAGUGACAUGCCACGUGGAUCCAAGCGUUCCGGAAGUGCUCAUGGGUGAUCCAACCCGGCUGGCACAAGUCGUGGGCGAGCUGACAGCCCAUGCUGUGAGCAGCACUCUGUCGGGCCACGUGGCUUUCCAUCUCUGGUGCAUCGCCCCCCAUCCGCACGCCCCCCAUCCGCACGGCCCCACCACGUCACCUUCAUCAGGCCAUGCUACUGCCACCCCUUCCCACACUCCCCAUUCCUGCCAUUCAUCUCAAGCCUCUCGCGCCCCUCCAGCCCCUCCACCCGCAUCAGCGUGGCCUCAGCUGGCUGCCUGCGUGCGCCGCUUCCCUCGGCCCACCCGCCUGGCCUGCACCCCGCAGCCCCUGGCAGCGAGCCAGGAUGGGGGCACCAGCAGAGGCGAGAGGGAGGGUGGGAUGGGGGUGGGAGGAAGACAAGCGAGGGGCAGGGAGGGGGUUGGAGGAGGCUGGGGCGGACGAGGGCGAAAUGGCGUUGGGGCUUCAAGCAUGGUUGAGGCGCAAGGUAUCCUGCAACAAGGGCGGCAUGGUGCGAUGACAAGAAAUGCAAGCACAGUAGACUCGAGCGCAGAGGAUCCGAGCACACAAGUUUCGAGCGCAGGAUAUGCGAGCAGUUCAGUGGAGGAGCAGGGUGGCGGUGGGCGGUUGGAGAGGGAAGUGGCCGCGUGGGUGGAAGGGGCGUGCAGGGCGAGAGGCGAGGGCGAGUGGAUGGUGGUGAUGGCAUGUGAGGACACGAGCGGUGGUAUACCACCAGCCGAGAUGCGGUGGGUGCUGGACCCACAUGGCCACUCGCCCCACCCACCACACGCCUCUGCUGCUGCUGGUGGUGCUGGUGGUGGGCAGGGUGAGAGACACGGCAGCAAGAAGUGCCGAAGCAUUGUGCCAAGGCCGAGCGGCACAGUGACCCCUCUGACUGCGGAUCAGCGGGCAGCGGCCCGCCCCCCUUGGACGCCCUACCCGGUCCGCUUCCUCCUCUCCACGUCGCUUGUGGCUGAGAUGCGGGGCACCAUGGCAGUGCUUUCAGACGCCACCACGGGCACCACCAUUCUUCUCGCGCUGCCCAUGGGGGGAGUCGAGGCCGCUUGUGCCAGGGGGGGUGGGGAGGGGGAUGGUGAUGAGGAGGGGGUGGUGGUAGCAGUGGCGGCAGGGCAGCAGGUGGCGGGCUCUAGUGGCCUUGGUGGGUGCACCCCUUGUGAUGCCGCUGCUGUGGUGGAGCCACCAGCACUGCAGCAGCAGGCGGCACCGUGUCGGUCCCUCUCCCUGCUAAGGGACAGCAUGGGGGCCAGCAUGGGGGCGGCGGUGCGGGCAGAGGCGGCGAUGCGGAUUAUGAUGGCGGGGCUGUGGGUAGCGGUGGUGGAUGACAACCUUGUGAACCGCAUGGUGGCGCGCAGAACGCUGCAGGGCUACGGGGCACACGUGCUGCUGCUGCACUCAGGGGAGGACGCCCUCCACACGCUCUCCACUCACGCUCCCUCCCCGCCCGUCCACCUGCUGCUGCUGGACCUCCACAUGCCGCCCGGCAUCGAUGGAUUCGAAACGGCUCGUCAAAUUCGUGGCAUGGAGAGAGGUCAGCAGGUGCCGAGCAUGGAAGGGCCAACAGCAGCUGCUGGGCUGGAGAACCAUGUGCUGGAGGUAGGAGCGAGGCGGAAGGGCCUUUGCAUCAUAGCGCUGACUGCAGACUUGGAUGUGGGAGUGAAGAAGGCGUGCCUGGAGGCGGGGAUGGAUGGAGCAGUGAGAAAGCCCAUAGUGGCACAGGAGUUGCUCGCAGCACUCACAGGCGCUGGAUUUGUUGCGCCUUCGGAACAACCCUUAUUUUGUCACAGUAAAUCAUGUUAAAUUAUAUAUAUGUUAUAUAAUUAUAGGCUUGGUACGUGUUACUAAAACUUAUUGUAGAGGGUACAACACCCCUCCUUGUAUCCCUCUCUCUUCUAU